ACGUGGCCACAGAACUCGUUUUUGCUCCGCCAUGAGAAUUUCAUCAAAUUUAGACUUCUAAAUUCUAAAUCUGAAUCUGUAUUUAGAUUUUAAAAAAAAAUGGCUGUCCCUUUUCCCUGUAUUUAGAUUUAAACAUUUUGGAUAAUAUCUAAAUUUCGUUUUUAGAGAGCAAUGGCGACGAGGAACCGGUCGUGGUUAUUCAAUAAAUAUAGGGAUGCGUUGAAGGGCGCUAGACUUCCGACGAGCUCGUCGACGGCGAAUCUGAGGCCGAGAUCCGGUGGAGCGCCGGCGAUUGAGAUGGCUAGCACUUCGUUGCUCCAUUCAAAGCGGUCUUAUACUGCUCUGAGUACCGAUGAUCCUGGAAACUCGAGUAAGGGUACAGCCCCCAUCGGUCUACCACCGUCUUGGGUAGAUGUUUCCGGAGAAAUAGCAACUAAUGUGCAACGUGCGCGGGCUAAAAUGGCCGAGUUAGGCAAGGCUCAUGCAAAGGCUUUAAUGCCUUCAUUUGGUGAUGGUAAAGAAGAUCAACGCAAUAUUGAGAAUCUUACUAGUAAGAUAACCAAUCUGUUGAAGAGAUCGGAGAAGAGAUUACAGAAACUCUCUGCUACCGGACCUUCUGAGGAUUCAAAUGUCAGGAAAAAUGUUCAGCGUCAACUUGCCACUGACCUUCAGAAGCUUUCAGUGGAGCUUCGGAAGAAACAAUCAACUUAUUUAAAGCGCCUCAGGCAGCAGAUGGAGGAAGGAGCUGAUAUGGAGAUGAAUCUAAAUGGGAAUAGAUCUAAAGAAGAAGAUGAUGAUUGGGAUGAUAUGAUGUUUAAUGAGCAUCAGAUGGCAAAGCUAAAACAAAGUGAGGUGUAUACAGUUGAGAGGGAAAGGGAGAUCCAACAGAUUGUGGAGUCAGUAAAUGAGCUUGCUCAGAUUAUGAAGGAUCUAUCAGUUCUCGUAAUUGAUCAGGUCGGAUUACAUCAGCUCUUGGGCACAAUUAUCGAUUGGAUCGACUACAACAUUCUGAAUGUUGCAACCACAGUUGAAGAAGGCCUCAAACAGCCACAGAAGGCAGAGAGAACACAGAAACAAGGAGGAAUGGUGAUGUGUGCUUCAGUACUUGUUGUCAUGUGCUUUGUCAUGCUAGUCCUCUUAAUCCUCAAGGAGAUAUUCUUUUGA